CAGAGCCAUGACGCGGGAGGAGCCAUUCAGGGAGGAGCUGGCCUAUGACCGGAUGCCCACACUGGAGCGGGGACGGCCGCACCCCACGGGCUACAGCACGAACUCGGAGCCUCACGACCUUCAGCUGCCGAAGAGAGUGCCCCCAUGCCCCAGUGACAAAGCAGGGGUCUUCUCCGUGCUUAUGGGGAGCUGCCUCCUGGUGACUUCGGGCUUCUCACUCUACCUGGGGAACGUGUUCCCUUCCGAGAUGGAUUACUUGCGCUGUGCAGCAGGCUCUUGCAUCCCCUCAGCACUUGUGAGCUUCGCAGCCUCCAGGAGGAAAGUCAACGCUAUUCCCAACUUUCAGAUACUAUUUGUUUCCACGUUUGCUGUGACCACUACAUGUCUGAUAUGGUUUGGAUGCAAACUAGUCCUGAACCCAUCAGCUGUAAACAUUAACUUCAACCUCAUCCUGCUACUCCUGCUGGAGCUCUUCAUGGCAGCCACUGUGAUUGUCUCUGCUCGGUCCAGUGAGGAAUUCUGCAAGAAAAAGAAGGGCUCCAUCUCUAAUAGCUCCAACAUCUUGGAGGAAGUGAGGUUUCCAGCUCGGGUCCUAAAAUCCUAUUCAGUCGUUGAGGUGAUUGCAGGUGUCUCUGCCAUCCUUGGGGGGAUCAUUGCUUUGAACCUGGAUGACACGGUCUCGGGCCCCCACCUCUCAGUGACAUUCUUUUGGAUCUUAGUGGCUUGUUUUCCAAGUGCCAUUGCUAGUCAUGUGACAGCAGAGUGUCCCAGCAGGUGUCUGGUGGAGGUGCUGAUCGCUGUGACCAGUCUCACAGCCCCGCUGCUGUCCACAGCCUCUGGGUACUUGUCCUUCAGCGUGAUGAGGAUCAUAGAGACUUUCACAGAUUACCCACCAGCCAUAAAACAGUCCUAUGACCUGCUGCUGCUACUGUUGAUGCUGCUGCUGCUGCUGCAGGCGAGUCUCAACACUGGCACUGCCAUCCAGUGUGUGAGCUUCAAGAUCAGCGCCAGGCUGCAGGGCGCAUGCUGGGAUGCCCAGACUGGCCCACAGGAGCACCUAGCUGGGGAGGUAGCCAGAGGCCCCCUGAAGGAGUUUGACAAGGAGAAAGCCUGGAGAGCCGUGGUGGUGCAGAUGGCCCAGUGA